ACUAACUCUAUCGAGGCGGCAAUCGAGUUCGAAUCUAUGAUCCGCACUCUCAAAAGUGUGCAACAUGGUAACAUUACGAGGUUCUUCGGCUGGUGCAGAGAAGGGAACAAAUUCUUACUGGUGCACGAGUUCAUGAGCGGAGACUUCGAGUUCAUGAGCGCAGACUUGGAGUAUGCCUUGUUUAGGUCGCCACAGUCGCUCUCCUGGAAGAACAGGGUCAAUGUGAUAUUCGACAUAUGUGAAGCCUUGUGCUAUCUCCAUAGAAGGCGGAUCCUGCAUCGUCAGGUCAAGGCUAGUAAUAUUCUUCUGAAAGUUGUUUCGGACGCGGAGGAGGGUCAUUUGGUCACCAAAGCUAAGCUCCAUGAUUUUCGGCUGGCGGAGGCAUUGGGACAUGGUGACAAAAUCUUCGUAGACAAAUCUCUUGUGGAUAAGUGGUCUCUUGAUCUGAGUUUCCGGGACCUGCCUCCAGAGGCUGUCAAAGAUGGAAUAUUUAGCGAGGAGUUUGAUGUCUACGCAUUUGGAAUCGUGAUCCUGCAAAUCGUUACCGGAAAGCACACUACAGGCACGUUUCCGAACUGCUACCAGUUUCGUCUGCGCAAUUGGUUGGUUGAGAAGCGCGAAAAUAACUGCUUAGAAGAUGCUAUCGACCCCAAACUCGGCAUGCACUUGUCAUUCACAACGGCCUCACACCUUCUCAGGCGUGAGGCCAUUGCACUUCUCAAUCUUGGCCUGGAAUGCUUGCAGCCGGAUCGAAUCAAGAGACCCUCCAUGUUCAAUAUUAUGGAGAAUUUACUUCGGAUACUUCACACGGAGCACAAUAGAAAAGCAAAAUAAAAUUGAUCAUGAGAGGUUUCUGAUCUAUAUAUCUGAAUUGGUUUAUUGAUUCAGCUCAAACACUAAGUAGUUGCACAUUGAUACCUAGAAUCAACUGGCUAUGUUUACACCUGAAUUAAGCACUAAAGAAAGGGAGAUCUGCCUCCAUUAUACUACCCGAGACCUUAAGUGGUUCUCCUCAGUUACAAUCUACCUAGUGUUGCUAACACCCCCUCUCCAAGGAAACAUUUAAAAGCAACGUCCUCUCUCAUGGCGCUGAAGAAAGUGGUCGCUUGUAUUUGUGUGUUUGCAGAUAUCUUGUCCUUUCUCUGUGAAAUUGUGUAUUGUGAGCAACUGUCGAGUCCGUCAGCUAAGAGCUUUGGAAGAUGAGGCCCGAUGUAGAUUUGUGUCUCCAUCGGAGCAAAAUUUCAAUGUAGAGUUGGCAGCAAUAGUGAACAGAUAGGGUAGCAAACUAGCUAUCGAUCCUCUUGUAAUUCUGCCGGUGAUGGGAUACGUAUAAAGAAGAGUGGUAGAAUCUUCGCCAGAUAAUCAGUUAGAUUUAUGUAUGUGUGUAUGUAAUCAAAUGCAAC